GCUUGGGGGAGCCCAGCUCCGCAGAGCCACAGGGAUCCCCUCUCGCUGCUGGCCCAGAGCAGACCACAGCAUGUGAGCAGAAGGGGAAGCCUGGAGCGGGAUCCCUGCCUGCCCCCACCUGGACUCGACACUGCUGGAGCCACAUCUUGCACUAAGAGGAAGAGGAAAAGACAGUUCAUUCCCUGUUGCUAAAAAUGGGAGGCAGCAUCUGUCCAGCAGACCAGGAAGGGAAGCUCCAGACCUUGCCUGUGGGGCAUCCCUGGGAGCGUGGCAGUGGCACGGCCCUGGGCCACUGAGGGGUGUCGGGGCGGUGUGGCUGCAGAGCGGGGGCAGCAUGCUCUUCCACAGCCGCAAGAUCCAGCUCCUGCUGGUCAACUCCCUGACGUUCGGCCUGGAGGUCUGCCUGGCUGCCGGGAUAACCUACGUGCCUCCGCUGCUGCUGGAAGUGGGUGUGGAGGAGAAGUUCAUGACCAUGGUUUUGGGGAUAGGACCUGUCCUUGGCUUGGUUUUCGUCCCACUGAUUGGAUCCGCCAGCGACCACUGGCACAGCAGCUAUGGCCGAAGGCGACCUUUCAUCUGGAUGCUUUGCCUGGGAGUCCUGCUGAGCCUCUUCGUUAUCCCCCACGCCAGCAGCCUGGCCAGCCUGUUUGCCCUCAACACUCGCCCGCUGGAGAUUGCUUUCCUCAUCCUGGGCAUCGGGCUACUGGAUUUCUGCGGCCAGGUCUGCUUCACUCCGCUGGAGGCCCUGCUCUCAGACCUCUUCCAGGAGCCAGACAACUGCCGCCAGGCCUUCUCCCUCUACGCCUUCAUGAUCAGCCUGGGGGGCUGCAUUGGCUACCUGCUUCCAGCCAUUGACUGGGGCGGCAGCUUUCUGGCCCCGUACCUGGGAGGGCAGGAGACCUGCCUCUUCAGCCUCCUGGCCGUCAUUUUCCUCGGCUGUGUGCUGGCCACACUCUUUGUGACCGAGGAGGCAGCCACCCAGGCAGAUGUUCUGGAUGGCCCAGUGCUGAAGGACGCUCCCUCUAAGCCCUCACCACCCGCCUGCUGCUCUUGCCAGCUCUCCAGGAGCUCGUGUCUCCUGCAGGCCAGGCACAUGAUGCAGGCCCUGAGAAACCUCUGCACGCUGCUGCCUCGGCUUCACAGCCUCUACUGCCGCAUCCCCAAGGUCAUCCGCCGCCUCUUCGUGGCUGAGCUCUGCAGCUGGAUGGCACUCAUGACUUUCAUGCUGUUCUACACAGACUUUGUUGGGGAGGGGCUGUACCACGGUGUCCCCAGAGCCAAGCCGGGCACGGAUGCCAGACGCCACUAUGAUGAAGGUGUCCGGAUGGGCAGUUUGGGCCUCUUCCUGCAGUGUAUCACAUCCAUCUUCUUCUCGACAAUCAUGGACCGGAUGGUGAAGCAGUUUGGGACGCGGGCGGUCUACCUGGCCAGCGUGGUGUUCUUCCCCAUGGCUGCCUUCGUCAUGUGCCUUUCCCACAGCGUCGUCGUUGUUACCAUCUCCGCUGCUCUGACGGGCUUCACCUUCUCUGCACUCCAGAUCCUGCCCUACACGCUGGCAUCCCUGUAUCAUCAUGAAAAACAGGUAUUCUUGCAUAAAUACAAGAGCAAAGAGGAGGAAGAUGCAGCUCGAUUGGACAAGAAAUCAGCUUUCUCUAAAGGCCUGCUUUCCAGCCAGAAGCUUCCUUACCAGAACGGGCAUGCUGGGAGCCUCUUCUCCUCUUCCUCUUCUUCCUCCUCACCUCCAGCCGCCAGCUCGGCUCUGUGCGUCAGCUCCUCCUGCGACGUCUCGCUCAUGAUGAUGGUGGGAGAACCAGACUCGGUGCCUCCUGGCCGAGGGAUCUGCCUGGACCUGGCUAUUUUGGACAGUGCUUUCCUCCUCUCUCAGGUCGUCCCCUCCCUCUUCAUGGGGUCCAUCGUCCAGUUUACGCAGUCGGUGACUGCCUACAUGGUGUCGGCUGCCGGCUUUGGCCUGGUAGCCAUUUACUUUGCAACCAAAGUUGUCUUUGAUAAGAGUGACAUGGUGAAAUAUUCCGUGUGACGUGGGAGGCACGAGGGCAGCACGCAGGCGCCUGCACGUGGCAGAACGAGACGUGCGUGUGUGUGUUCACGUGGCCGCUGGUGCGAAGCCUCGUGUGGCCCCUGCUCUCGCCGUCUCCCCGUUGCUGUGGCCCUUGGGGGGUAGUUCUGGGGCUGGGGGCAGGAGAGAUGCGGCAGGGCUAAUCUCAGGUGUAAAUAUGAGGCAUCGGGGCGUUGCGCUUCGGGCCAUCAGUGCUUUCCAAAGGUGCCUUUAUCAAAAGAAAGCACAGCACAGCCAGCACCAAAGGGGGUUAUACAGGGGAGAGAAAGGAAAUGGGAUUUUCCUUUAAUAACGGGUCAUGUUUCUGAGCAGGAGAGGCAGUGGUACGGGAAGGGGAGGGAAGAAAUCAUUGGCUCUCCUGUUUUCCAGUUAUAGCUGUCUCCUCUUCCCCUGCUUGUUGUAGUUUUACUCAACUUCUUGAGCAAUACUUCUGCAAAUAGGACACCGGGAGGAGAUUUCCUUGGAAAAAAAAAAAAAAAAAAAGAUGGAGGUUUGGCCAUGGAGCAAAGGGGGUGCGUAUGUGUGCUCGCACGUUUCCGUCCUUCCCCACCUCUGCUCUGACUGGGAGAAACCAUUUCGGAGAAAAGUUACUAUGUCUUGUUUGGGAAAAACAAGUUACGUUUCAUUAGGACCAAUUCCAAAAGGUGACUUAACCUUUUACCUAUGUACCAAGUUGCAUCAGAUAGAAAGGGCUUCUUAAUAUUUUUUUUUUUUAAUGAUUGUUUUUAGCUUUCCUCACACAGUUCUCAGCAACUCUGACCUGUGACUCCUCAGCACUCAGAACUGCCGCCUGCUCUCUCCCCUAACAGAUCUAGACUGUUGUGCCUCUUCCACACCAGGCCCCCAAAAGAUGCUGCCACAUCCCAAGAAAAAUCUAUUCUCGGGGGGUUUUCAGUCCUGUGACAGUGUGGUAGAGCAGGAAGAGCUCUCCUGCAAGGCUUCGGGGGGACAAGAGUACCAGGCCUGAGGAAUUGCUUGUCGCUGGCCACUAGUUGAACUCAGCACUAGUCGCUACCACAGCAGGUACCUGGAGUUGGUCCGACUGUGUCGGUUUUCCCUCAAAGACGUGUCCCCAGAGCAGCCUUCUAGACCAGACUCUUCUUUCCAGACAGACAGGCUCCCGGCUGUGCUGGCGGGCAGGCAGGAGCGCAUCUCGCGGAGCGCGCUGCGCCCCGGUACCCAGCGCGGUGCCUGAGCUCGCACCUUGCCAGCAGAGGCUGCUGGAAACAGCAGCGUAAACAGGAGGUGGGCAGGAUGAAAUGUGCCUGCAGCCGCUCUGGCAGGGGCUCACAGAGCAGGGUGAGCCUCCUUCUUGGUGUGCUGGACAAAAGGAACAGGACAGACACUCUUGAUGUUGUUUGUGCCCCUGGUUUGCCAAUGCAGAUUACAUAUUUAAUAUGCUCUACUUGUUUGGGCUUUUUAAAAAUUAUUUUAUUCCCAGCCAGGAGUCGAGACUCCUACUGAGGCACAGUGUGAACAGUUACCGGUGCCUUUUGCUCCCGGAGCACUGGGUUGUUCAGGCGGUUCAGCUCCCAGGUGUGAGUCCCCUUCCAGUGGCAGAAGAGUGGCUGCAGCUGCGUGUCCUUCUGGCCAGUCCCAUUCCCCACACGAGCGGACCAGCUGAAAUAAUUCUGCUGAGGGCAGAUGUCUACCACUCCAAGACUACCCGCACACCAAGUAGGAGUCAAGAUCCUGGCGCACAGUCGGCUCUUAGACUUUGAAAUGAUCCAAACUCUGCCUACAGCGCAUGGAGGAAAGCAGCUUUGGGAGUACACAGGAGUUCAACAGUCCUUAACUUUGGCUGGUCUAAACAAAGUGUUUGUGACUAAUUUUCUGUGGAGGUGUGUGGGCAGUGAAAUGCUCUUUUGAGGCUCGGCAGAAGGGCAAAAUGUUGCUAUUUUUCCAAGGUCUUGUCAGACCAUUUCUUGGCAAGGUCACUCCCCUGCUGUCUGCAGACGGGUCCAGAGAAGGCUUCUCCUACGUUUUUUAAACAGUUCUUUCCCGUAAAGGGUCACUGUUUUUGUUUUAUUUCUUCUCAAAUUAUAUGCCUACCAGCCUCCCUUUCCCACAGCAAGGUUUGUGUGCUGAAACGCAGCUGCUUUGGGGAUGGGUUUGGCAGCUGUUUAACCGCCUACGGAAACAGUUUUUCAUCUGUACUUCCUACCCUGGUCUCUGUCCACUUCAGGCUUCAGGAGGAAAUCUUUGAGGCAAAAUAUUAUUGCCAGAGGUUGGAUGUUUCUUGGACGAAUGUUCCUAGUGACCAGUAACCUCUAACCCAAGAUUUUUCAAACAGGUCCCUACCUGAGUGCUGAAGAAUCCUUAAUUUUUAUUUUUUUUUUCUUACGUAAAGUGUGGGGAACCUUCACACAUGGAGGCUGCUACAAAUGAUAAGUGCUUUUGAUAAUUGAGCCAUUUACUUAAGUGCCUAAAGAGUACUUCCACACCAAACUUGAGGUGUUCAGGUUUGAUGAUAAAGGCCUUGAAUGCUUCAUUACAGACAUCCAAGUGAUAAAGCAGCGGGCUGGAGGGGGGAGACAGCCUUGUUUUACAAUGUCCUUUGGUUUGGAAUGUGAAAGAAUAAGAUGCUGCAGUUCCUGAUGCAUAAUUGUAUCUGUCCCUGGAGAGGAGAAGACUUAAGCUUGCCAGAUACCCCGACUGACCUGCCCUCCACCCGCUGAGGUGGCUUUGGUGUGGCUAUAGCCUGGCUGUAGCUGGUGGACAUGAGUAGGUUUGGGCUCAGGGCGCAGCAGGCUCUGUCUUGGCUGAGCGGGAGCGCUGGGGGUCAGUCAGUGCAGGUUGGGUCUCAGGCCUGUCCUCCGCUGAUAGACCGAGCACGUCUUCAGCCCCCCCUGUUCCUCCAUCCCCAUCACUGCACUGGGUCAGGGAUUUGGCACCCGAAUCUCCUCGGCAAAUCUGGCUGCAUCCAGAGUGUUGAUCCUGCUGGUCCUAGCAGAGGGCAGGCUGGCUUUGUCCUGUUCUCUCCCAGUUCACAUACGCUUCCCUUGAUUGUCUACCAAGAGACUCUUGGAUUUCUCCUCUCCCCCUGGCACCCUUCUUCCCAUCUCUCCGUCUGGAGUGAAACCCAGCGGAUUCAGGAAUUCUGAAUUCCGGUUACACCAGGAGAAGGUUGGGGCCGUUUGCCCCGAGAGCGUGGCUGUUUGCAGGAGGGGAGGGCUGUAGGAAACCGCUGCAGCGCUCGGGUCCUGGGCAGGAGGGGGACCAGGGCAGCCGCUUUCUGUGUGAGAGUCCAGCAGGGAGGGAAGACAAGGCAGCAGUGCCAGAGAACGGGGAGAGAUCAGGGCGAGGGAGUGGGGGGAAGAGGGGGUUCGGGGCAAAUCGGAGGCCUGUA